GCGCGGCGACGGCGUCGGGGGAGUGCGUCCAGCCGGCGGGACUUGAACCAAUGAAAGAAUCUUAUGGCACUUAUGAAGAUAAAUGUCACUCCUCCCUUUUUAAUUGGAACUUCUGCUUAGAACCUUUAUGUGAUUUUUCAUCUGUGAGCUGUUCUUUGAGUAGCCACUGACUUUGAGUUGCAGGAAGGUCUCCGAAGAUUUAUAUCAAAUGACGUCAAUGGCCAGCUUGUUUUCCUUUACUAGUCCAGCAGUAAAGCGAUUGUUGGGCUGGAAGCAAGGUGAUGAAGAGGAGAAAUGGGCAGAAAAGGCAGUUGACGCUUUGGUGAAAAAGCUAAAAAAGAAAAAGGGUGCCAUGGAAGAACUGGAGAAAGCCUUGAGCAGUCCAGGACAGCCAAGCAAAUGUGUCACUAUUCCCAGAUCUUUAGAUGGACGCCUGCAGGUUUCCCACAGAAAAGGCUUACCCCAUGUUAUAUAUUGUCGUGUUUGGCGUUGGCCUGAUUUGCAGAGUCAUCAUGAGCUAAAGCCAUUGGAUAUUUGUGAGUUUCCUUUUGGAUCUAAGCAGAAAGAAGUCUGUAUCAACCCAUACCACUAUAAGAGAGUGGAGAGUCCAGUCUUACCUCCAGUAUUAGUGCCUCGUCACAAUGAAUUCAAUCCACAACACAGCCUUUUGGUUCAGUUUAGAAACCUGAGCCACAACGAGCCGCACAUGCCACAAAAUGCAACGUUUCCAGAUUCUUUCCACCAGCCCAACAGCACUCCUUUCCCCUUAUCUCCAAAUAGCCCUUAUCCCCCUUCUCCUGCUAGCAGUACAUAUCCCAAUUCCCCAGCAAGUUCUGGACCAGGAAGUCCAUUUCAGCUCCCAGCUGAUACUCCUCCUCCUGCCUAUAUGCCACCAGAUGAUCAAAUGGGUCAAGAUAAUUCCCAGCCAAUGGAUACAAGCAAUAAUAUGAUUCCUCAGAUUAUGCCCAGUAUAUCCAGCAGAGAUGUUCAGCCUGUUGCCUAUGAAGAGCCCAAACAUUGGUGUUCAAUUGUCUACUAUGAAUUAAACAAUCGUGUUGGGGAGGCUUUUCAUGCAUCUUCUACUAGCGUGUUAGUAGAUGGAUUUACAGACCCUUCGAAUAACAAAAGUAGAUUCUGCUUGGGGUUGUUGUCAAAUGUUAAUCGUAAUUCAACAAUUGAAAACACUAGGCGACAUAUUGGAAAAGGUGUUCACCUGUACUAUGUUGGUGGAGAGGUGUAUGCAGAGUGCCUCAGUGACAGCAGCAUAUUUGUUCAGAGUAGGAACUGCAACUUUCAUCACGGCUUUCAUCCUACCACUGUCUGUAAGAUUCCCAGCAGUUGCAGCCUCAAAAUUUUUAACAACCAAGAGUUUGCUCAGCUUCUGGCUCAGUCUGUCAACCACGGAUUUGAGGCCGUGUAUGAGCUCACCAAAAUGUGUACUAUUCGAAUGAGUUUUGUCAAGGGCUGGGGCGCCGAAUAUCACCGGCAGGAUGUUACCAGCACCCCAUGCUGGAUUGAGAUUCAUCUUCAUGGGCCUCUUCAGUGGCUGGAUAAAGUCCUGACUCAGAUGGGCUCCCCUCUGAACCCCAUAUCUUCUGUCUCAUAGUGUAGAAGUAGUCUUUUCAAUUAUAUUAUUAGUGGACUUGUUUUAAUUUUAGGGAAACUUUCAGUACAGAUACUGUGAGCUUACAUGGAAAACAGAUAUUAUAGCUUAUUUUUUUUUCUACAUAAUUGUGACCAAUACAUUUGUAUUUGUGAUGAAUCUACAUUUGUUUGUUAGUCAUGUUCGUGUGAUUAACUCCCAAAAGUGUUGUGAGAAAUGCAAAGUAAGUGUUGUACCCCAGUUGACAAGUUUGGCAUUGAGCUUAAAUUGGGACAUAAUUUUGCCUUCUUGUCCCAAAUGACUUGUUAUUUGUUCAUUUUUUUUUUUUAAAGUAAUACAUCACAUGAUGACAAGUUAUAAUAGUGUUAGAAGGUAUGCCAUGAAAAGUCUUCCCUCCUCCUCCUAACCCUACGGAAGCUCUACUUUUACCAGUUUCUUUGUCCUACCAAUGUGAAGAAAGUGUAAUUCAUUAUUUCAUAAAAGCAUAUGGUAAGGGCUGAAAAGAAACUAUAAAAAAACAACAACACCCUUUUAUUUGAAGGAACACUAUGCACUGCUCUUAACAGGUAGUGUUCGGUAAAAGCAAAGUGAUAGUUUUCUAGGUGAUGUCAUGAAAUUUACAUUUAAUACAGCUAAAUGUUUGUCAGUCUGUUGUGACUUCACUCAGUAUAUCUUUUGUAAAACAUUUCCUUUUAAAAAAAAAAAUAUUGUAAACAACAGAUCUCCAGUAUAUGUCAUUUACCCAGAAUCUGUCCUAAGUACUACUUUAUAGCUAGUGACAGUGCACGCACGGCCUUGUUCAGACUUGCUGCUUUUGGCCAAUGUUGCAAGAACUCUAAUUUUGACAUGCAUUAAUCUUUUAUUUUGCACUUUGAUGGGUGACAGUUUUUAGUGUAACCUUUUGUGAAACACGCUCAAGUGACUUGGACUUGGAUGCUCACCCUUACUUCCUUGGUACCCCUUUUAUAUUAACAAACACUGCAGUUUAUAGACGACAGUUGUAGGAAGUUACACUUUUUCUAGCUUUUGGUGUAUUUUCAACCUAGAUUAUAAGACUGUUAUUCUGUAGCUCCAAUUUAAGGGGCCUUUUUAAUUUCCUACUGCUUUAUGGGUGUUACUCAUGUUGGAAAAUCACACACUUAAUCCCAUUGCUCUGAGUGGCGUCAGUUGCCCUGAGCAAGGAAAGGACCUGUGUACUGUAGCCAGAAGAGCCUCUUCAGUCUGGCCCUGAGUUGAGGCUCCUGGUCUGGUGCUUGAAUGAAUAAGCAGUGGUUAUGGAGAUAGUUGACUUUAAAAUAGUCACAUAUGAAAGACUGCAGACUGUUCUCUCUGUUAACAUGUGUGCUGGUUCUCCCCCCCCCCCUUUUUUUUGGUACUUUUGUGGAUGCUAGUCUCUCAGAACAGUCCUCAAGAGAGGAAAGACAGGAACACUCUAAAAUACCCAUUCAGUCAGUCAUGCUGGAGGGCUUUGGGUAAAGAACUUUUAACCUCAUUUUCUAGAGAGCAGUCAGAUGGACACUUUGUUAUGGCAUGAGAACAGAGACAUUAUUAAAAAAAAAAAAGGAAAUUACCUAAUGUACCUAUGGGAGAAAACUAUUUUUCUGGUGCCUUUUGAAAGUAUAUGGAGCCAUGUCAGUCUUCUAUUUAAAAUGUUAGUUUGGUUUGACUUUCUACUUUGCCCUUUCUGCUUUUAAGAGAAGAAGAAAUGCAUUUUUUGAGGAGAAGAGAAUGCGGUUCAUUUUGUUUUCUGUGCCAUUAUUUAUUGCUUUUACAAAGUGCAGCCAGUGGGUGGCUUUAGUUCCUUUGGGUGAGGCGCCAUAUGUGUUUCAGUUCAUGGUCCUUUGUUGGGUAAAAGGAUCCUCUCUGACCCUCACCUGUGCCUUAAACGUAAGUUCUACAUGGCAUGCAUUCUUCAUCUUCCAGUUGUGUCAGCCUCAGGAAAGAGAAUUACUUGCUCCGUGUUUGAACCUAGCUACCCACAUAAUUCUUUUACUUACCAAGCAUAUGGCACAAUCUUUGGAACAAAUUUAUAAGAAAAAAAAACAAAAACAAAGCACGCUGGUUGAAUGACAGAUACAUGUAGUCAACUUCAGUGGGUUUGAACUGGUAGAAACUAUUGAAUUGUUUUAUUGAUGUUUUCAAUUGAGUUAAUUAAAAUUUGUUUUUAUUCAUGCCACAGCCUUUAGAGUUGGCAAGGUUUCAUGUGAUUGGCCUUUUCUGUGUUUUCCCCAAGGAAUUUUGUCUCAUGAAGGACAGUACUGAAGCUCUUAACUGUUGAGAGUUUCAUGGAAAAGUAUAAGCUUGUUGUAUUUCCUAAAAGUGAUUAACUCCACACGCCUGGAUUAUAAGUGAGAAUUGUACUCAGUGUAACUGCUUCUCUAAUUCCCAAGGGUGCCCAAAAUCUAUGGAUGGGAAAUAAAAAUUGCCAGUGACCAAUGAAAAGAAGACAUUUCUGAAAGAAACCUUUUCAGAAAAAUGCAGUUUUAAAAUUUUAUUUGAUUUCUAGAGUGGUUUAUAGUCAAAUUUAUGGAAACAUCAACACCACUGGAACAAUCAUGUUUUAUAGUGUAUAACAUAUUAACAUAUGUGAGCUGGAAAGACUGGAGUCUGGAAAUAAUAAAAUCACAACCGGUUUGGUAAAUGCAGAAAGAGACAUAGAAUCAAAAUUAAUCUGAGUAAUGAAUUAUUGCAACAGAAAGAUGGUUGGGGAAAAAAAAUUAAAAGUUGCAUUUGAUCAGCAUCUCUUUAAAAUAAAGUGUUAUGGUCUUUUUGGUAUUGCUUGGCUUAAGUUAUGGAAUGUCAACUAGUAGGCGUGUUAUUGAUCUACUGAAGCUAACACUUUCUCUUAGAGAUUGAAGAAGACAUCAAUCAAAAUGUCAAGUCAUAUACAUCAAUAUAAAUCAUUUUUCACAUUUUAUUGUUAAAUAAGGAAACUGUGGUAAUAGAAUUGGCUGGGUUUCUGAGUUGAAAUCCACAGUAAGAUUACUAGGUAGUACAGUGAGCUGUAUACCUCAUAGUACAGAAAGAGGAUGUAGCUACUUUAUGCUGUUCAUAACAUUUGACAGUGAGAUAUCCGUUUAAGAUGUAAAAUGAUCAAUAAGUGUUCAGAUUGAAAUCUCUUGUCAGGGUAAGAACUGGGGCUCACAUUAUAAAAUCCUCAAGGGUACCUGUGGGAAACAGUCCUCCUGUAAUAGUAUUCUGUUGAAGGAGAAGGUUUAUACAAAAAAUAAAAUCCUACCAGUAGCAGAGAACCUCCAAAAAGUCUGAUAGUACCUGUUUAAGUACUGUCUUUGUGUUACAGAGAGCAUCUGUACGUCAGCUUAGAUCCAUUUCUUUAUACUCUUUUUAGUUGUUUUUCAGUAUUACUUUGGAUUGUUAUCACUUUCCCACUUAAAAUAUAUUAAUAUCUUUCAUGCUUAAGAAGGAAGGCUCUUCUGAUCAUUUUGAACUCAUCUUCCAGUGAUGAUUUCAGUUUGGAUCUGUUAACUUUUCAGAGGGUCUGAGCCCUUCUUUGUCUUAUUAAAUCCUCACUCACUCUCUCAGCUAGUAGUAUAAAUAUGUGUCCUCAUUAUGCCAGUGAGCUAGAAAAGCAAGGAUAUUUUAAAGUAGUAGAUAGCAGGGUGGUUUCAGGCAUGUUUGGUGAUUUUCAUGGAAGGGACUUCUCCUGAACAUUGGUUUAUGGGUGGUCUCUUGGGAUACUAGCUAGGGCAGCUUUAUGGGGGUAAUCUCAGGUUUGAGGCCUGUUUCCUCUGGAGCAGCAGCCAUUUUCCUCGAUGGUACAGGCAGGACUUGGGGGAGGUUUUCUGCUCAUAGAAGAUGCAUGUAUGGAAAGUGACGAUUCAAGGCAUUUCUUCUGUAUAAGCAGUGUGCCUGCCGGACAGUUCUUUGGAAUCACUGGAUUACAGUUUAGCAUUUCCUAAUUACAAGAGGUAACAGUAUGUAUCAAGCCUUUAUCAAUUGGAUUAUUCAUAAUAGAAACUUACCUUCUAAAAUACAGCUGUGUUAUAACUGAAGUGUUAACCUGAAAUUGGAUGGUGUACAAAAACCAGUAAGAGGGAUUUUUACAUAGCAAAAAAGAUUUUUUUUUUUUUUUUUAAGGAAGAGCUUAUGAUAUAAUACUUGCUGGUUAGCAUUUGCUGUAAAACAGGUGAUGGGAUGUUAUAGUGAAAAGAUCCAAGAGCAGGAUUCUUCUGUCGUUCAUGGCAGAGUGAAAAAGGUCGGUGUGGUUCUUGUCCAAAUAAUUCAAUUCUGAAAAUUCUUGCAAUCAUCGUAAACCGUUGUCCUUUAAGGAUUCAUUUGAAGAUAGUGUUCUUAAAAAGUUCAGAAUUUUGUGUACAGGUAGGUUCUUUUCCCUAAUUAGUAAGUAGUGCCUUGUUGCUACGAGCUGGUAUUAACUGUAAUAAAACUACAGUGAGGCCAGAUGGUUCCACAUUCCUUACUUUUAUAAGGAAUUUUUUAGAAUCAUCUUUUCCCUUCUCAUGUCAUUGGAGAUGAUGUUGCUUUGAUUUAUUCAUGAAAUAUUUUAUGUGUAGGGACUCUGGAAGAAAAUAGUUGGGCAAGUGAUUUUCUUGAUCUGGUGGGUUAAAAUUGCGUUUUGAAAAUCACUUAUUUUAAAAUUGGAUAGGAUUGUAAUCAAGAAAACUGGAUGUUUGUAUGCACCUGCCCAUCUUCUCUUAAAAGGAUACUUCAUAUGCAGAUGAUAAAGACCAAACCAAUGGCUGCACUAUAGAUCUGCUUAUUUGUACUUGUUCUGCUUCUGUUUAUGUUGUAGAAAAUGAAGUUCUAGCAACAUUCUUCAAUUCUGUUGCCUUUUUGAUACUUAUAAAAAUGUAUUAGGUUUUACUAUAUUAUGCUUUUCAAAGCCAUAACUCUUAAGAACUUUGUUUUUGCGUAUUGUUUGCUAAUACUUUAUUUUAAUAAAUCUCAAAACCU